CUCACACCCGGUCUCGCACUGGUGGCACACAACCUCCACCAGACCCCAUGUGCCCUUUGCGAGAGGUGGCAGGGGCUGAAGGUGUAAUUAGGGUGCAUGCGCCAUUCUCAAUGUUUGAUAUUGCUCAGAUUGAGAAGAGGCUGGGAUCUUAUGCCCAAGAUUCUAAUAAUUAUGUUAAGCAGUUUAAGAACCUGGCUCAGACCUAUGACCUUACUUGGCAGGACAUAUAUCUAAUACUAUCCUCUACCCUUACUGCUGAGGAAAAAGAAAGGGUGUGGACUGCAGCCCAGGCACAUGCCGAUGAAGCUCACCGCCUAGAUAUUAACUUUCCAGUGGGAGCAACAGCUGUGCCUAGGGAAGAGCCCAAUUGGAAUUAUCAACAUAAUGCUCCUGGGCGGGAAAGCAGAAAUAGGAUGAUAACUUGCUUAGUGGCUGGCCUUCAAAAGGCAGCCUAUCUCCCUGUUAAUUAUGACAAAUUAAACCACAUUACUCAAAGGCCCAAUGAAAACCCGGCAGAAUUUCUUGAGCGCCUUACAGUAGCGCUCCAGCGCUAUACAAGGCUGGACCCAGAGUCACCAGAGGCUAAGGUGGUUCUCAAUACGCAUUUUAUUGCCCAAUCAGCCCCUGAUAUUAGGAAAAAGUUAAAAAAGGCUGAGAACGGUCCUCAGACCCCUCAACGAGAUCUGGUGAGUAUGGCAUUUAAAGUUUUCAAUAAUCGAGAGGAACAGGAGAUUGCCGAUAAGACUGCCCGUGAGAGGGAGAACUAUCAAAUCCUGGCUGCUGCCAUCCGGCCUCCUCUGAGGAGAGGCACCCAACAUACACCACCUGGAGCAUGCUUCAAGUGUGGGCAAGAGGGCCACUGGGCGAAAUUCUGUCCCUCACCACGACCUCCACCUGGACCCUGCCCAAGGUGUGGGCAGCAAGGACAUUGGGGAGUCGAUUGCCCCUCCUCACCUCCACAAGAAUGAAGGUGCCCAGGGCCACCUGCUCCCAACAACCAGACCAUCACAAUGACGGAGCCCAGGGUGUGUUUCUAUGUAGCCGGUAAGUUAAUAUCUUUUCUCUUGGAUACGGGAGCGACUUACUCGGUGCUAUGUCAAUAUACAGGCAAGACUUUUCCCUCCCAGAUCUCGGUGGUGGGUGUAGAUGGCCUACCUACCUGUCCCCCAACUACAGGACCAGUAUCAUGUAAAAUAGAAGACUUUCCCUUUUCACACUCCUUCCUAAUCCUACCUCACUGUCCUACCCCACUCCUAGGAAGGGACUUGCUCUCUAAAUUUCAAGUCUCCCUUUCAUUCCAUAUCCCCAAACAGCCUACACCUGUUCUACUUUUAUCUUUAGAUGAACCUCCACCUGUAACUUCCCAACUAGAUCCUUUCCCUUUACCUCCAGAUCUUGUCAACCCUCUUAUCUGGGAUACUUCCACUCCUACUAUGGCUAGACACCAUACUCCUGUCCUGAUUAAACUUAAAAACCCUACCCAUUUUCCUGGUACUUCCCAAUACCCCAUUUCCCUUAGGCACAGGCAAGGUUUAAAACCCAUCAUCCUUCGCCUUAUUAAACAAGGACUUCUCAGACCCACUAACUCCCCCUUUAACACCCCUAUCCUGCCAGUAGUUAAACCUGAUGGGACCUACCGCCUAGUCCAGGACCUGCGCACUAUUAAUGCUGCAGUCCUUCCCAUUCAUCCUGUUGUGCCUAACCCAUAUACCCUCCUUUCACAGAUACCUCCUGGUACCACCCACUUCUCAGUGCUGGACCUCAAGGAUGCAUUCUUCACAAUCCCCCUGCAUCCCGACUGCCAAGAUUUCUUUGCUUUUACUUGGGUGGACCCAGACACUUCAAGGGCACAACAGCUGACCUGGACGGUCCUCCCUCAAGGGUUCCGAGACAGUCCCCAUUUCUUUGGACAGGCUUUAGCAAAGGAUCUCCUCUCUCUUCAGGUGUCUCCUAGCAUUGUUCUCCAGUAUGUGGAUGAUCUUUUGCUUUGCAGCCCUUCCUUUGAGUUGGCUCGCCAACAUACAGCUGACCUCCUCAACUUCCUGUUGACAAAAGGAU